AUGUCAGAUGAAUCGUCAGAUCCAGACUUAGCAGAAGAGCGGUAUGAUCCAGAGGACAAUUUAAAUGCUUACGGCUCACCUGUUGUCCGAUCUCCAGAUGAUAUUAAUAUUAAUGAGAUUGUCGAGCAAUCAGUUGUUGGCAUUGUUCAUCCUGUGAGAGCACAAGUGAGUACAGUGACAGUGCAUAUAAAUUAUAUGAAUAUUUAUAUUGCAAUCUUCGAAGUGGCACUUUUUUGAUUACUUAUAUUUAUACUAUAACAUUAUUGCUUUUUUUAUAGUUCUGUAGUUGUAAAAACACGUGCAGUAAAGGCAGUGGGAGGAAAAAGAAGGGUUGUCCUUGCCGCGACGAAGGAUUACAAUGCACAGAACAGUGUUCAUGUGGAACGAAGAAAGCUUCAUGCAAAAACAAGGCACAAGUUGGCUCAUCUACACAUGAUCCAAGCACAGGUCUUAACGCUUUUGAGCGACAUGCACUUGCUGCUGAAGAGGCAAAGAGGGAAAUUACCGUAAGUCCUAACUCCUGAGAAGUCUAAGAGCACAUUGUGGUCGUUGCAUUUUGCUCAUCGCAUUUUGAAAAGCUGCCCAAUCUGUCGAUAGUUCCAUCUAUAUUGUGGCAGACAUGGAAUAUAUUGGUCACAAUAUGGGGGGAGCUUAUGAUUUUUUGUCCUCAUAUGUUGCAACACAGUGGUGGAAAUUUUGUUGCCCCCCCCCCCAAUCAAAAUGAUGGUUGUUCAGAUAUUGUCUUAAAACUACAGUAUGUCUCCUGUAGAAAGUGAAUUAAUAGUUCCAUCACUUACCACUGGUCACUUCAAGUUUUUUCCAGCUACUUUAAAUUUGAAUUUUGGUUUAUUGUAGGAAUUUAUUGCUACUCUUGAUAUAACCCAAAAGAAUGCACUAUUGGUGGAUAUAUUAUCAAAUGGUAAGGGAAGCCUUGACUACGCUAAAAAUUUGGUGAAGUUUGGUGGAGACAUACCACCAGCUCCUGCAGAAAAACCACCAUGGUGCACCUGUAGGGUUUGUCGACCAAUGCCACAUGAAGAGGAAAACAAGUGUUGCGGGAAAGUUAGAUGUGUGACGUCAUAUGUUACCUUUCAAAAUACAUGUACAGACCGCGAUGUUCUGACUAUGGCAAUCAGAGGCAGAUGUGACAUUCGGGCAGAUGAACCAGACUAUUCGACAAAUAGUUUUCGCAAAGCUGCAUAUCGCCAAUAUAUUUUGUGGAGAUAG